GAACUUUCUCUGAAUCGGACGUGUUUAAAGCGACGAGCAAAAUUUUCUCUAAACUAAGAAAGCCGUUUAAUUAAGUGGUUAUAUUAGAAUUGCAAGUGCAUAAAUUCAAUUAGUGUAUCGAUUGUUUGCAAAUUUGCAAGAUAUACUUACGCAAUUGUCAAAUUUUGGAAGAAGGAAAACUUCAUAAUUCGAAAUUUGAUUAGAGCGACAGCAAAGUCACCAAUCAGAACAAAACUAGUGUAGCUGUAUUAAGGAUUACAAUUUAAAUUAUUUCACAAAGGAAAAAUGGCUGAUCAAUUAACAGAAGAGCAAAUCGCCGAAUUCAAAGAGGCAUUCUCAUUGUUCGACAAGGAUGGUGAUGGUACAAUCACGACAAAAGAAUUGGGAACCGUCAUGCGAUCGCUAGGACAGAAUCCAACAGAAGCUGAGCUUCAAGACAUGAUAAACGAAGUUGAUGCUGAUGGCAAUGGUACAAUUGAUUUUCCCGAGUUCUUAACAAUGAUGGCCCGUAAAAUGAAAGACACCGAUAGUGAGGAAGAAAUUCGGGAAGCAUUCCGUGUAUUUGAUAAGGAUGGCAAUGGUUUCAUCUCAGCCGCCGAAUUGCGCCACGUGAUGACAAAUUUGGGAGAGAAAUUGACAGACGAAGAAGUCGAUGAAAUGAUUCGCGAGGCUGACAUAGAUGGGGAUGGUCAAGUUAAUUAUGAAGAAUUCGUAACAAUGAUGACAUCGAAGUGAGCUCUAGGUUUACAACAGCCUUUCAAUCCACAUUACAACAAUUAUAAAAUUAUUGUCAACAACUAUUACACUUUGAUCUUUUAUCAUUAUUAUGUUUUAUAAGAUGAAAAUAAAAAUCCAUGGAAAGAUGAUGAAGAAGGAAGAAGAAAAUGGAAAACUAAAGGAAGAAAAAUCUUAAUCAGUUUCAAUGUAACCAUAUUUGUGCAAACUAAAAAAAAUGGUCUCCAUCUCAAUUUUUGUGGAAAUCUUGCGCAUGAUGCCGCACCUCAUUUUUCAAUUUUUAAUAAGUUCUUAGAUGUUCAUUUUCUUUUCUCCAUUUAAUUAUAUAAAUUUAUUUAAAUCAGUUGUUCUUAUUACCCUCCUUACCAUUGUAUUUUUUAAUUUUAUUUACCUCUCUUACCAUAGAAAUUGAAAAAAGAAAAUAGAAUACUUACACGACAUAAAAAUGCUGUUUCAAACUCUUCAAACAUUUUAAUUUUUUUCUUUUUAAAGUUAUAAAAAUGAAAAUCUAAGCUACGCAAAAAUCUCUAAACGAUAAAAUUAUAAUCACUGAAUAAAAAUUGAUAAGCGAAAAAAAAGUUAAAAUAGUAAGAAAGUAAUAUUAAAAAACAUCUUAAAAGAAAAUUCAAAACCUUUAUUGACGCAUCUAAUUUUAAUUGCAAAGUAAAGAAAUAAAAAAAAGAAAAAAUUUCCUCUAAACUUGAUUAUAAUGUAAAACGCAAGAAAAUAGCAAAACAGUUCUGCUGUCCCCGUUAAUUGUUUUGAACAAACAUUGUACUGUUUAAUUUUAAUAAAAACUUCACUUUAAAAUUAAUUUUACUGCUUUUUUUAAUUCUUGAUUUUUGCUUCCUUCUUCGAGAUUUCAAAAACGAACAAAAAAAUAUGAAAAGAAGAAAAUAUUUUGCUGUCUGGUUUUUAAGAGUCGAUUGACUGCUGCCAUCGAUUAUUUGACGAUAAAACUGGCUGAAAAACUGAAACAUCUUAACGAAACUUGUUUUCAAACUGAUUCUCUUCUUCCAGUCAAGUUCAAAUAGCCGAUGCAAAGUCAAGCCAACCGAUGAUAUCUAAAUAUCUAACAUAAACCAGAAAGAAAGUUUUGAGAUUCGCCCAAACGGAUUUCACCAACAUCACUUCUGUUCACUUCUGAAAACGCUAAAAAUCAAACUAUGUAGUUGAAAACAAAGAAACUUAACACACAUUUUUUAAAAUGAAAACAGUUUCUUAUUGAUGAAAAAAGAAGAAAAAGAAGAAAUUGGAAACAUGAAACAAAAAAAGAAAAAAAAACAUAAAAAAGAAGAAAAAAAUUGUAUAUCUAAUGCAAUGCUCGAGUUGAGCGUAAAUUUUUUUUAUUUUUCGUCGGUGUGAAAAUUAAACUUAUCAAAACUCAUAUGAUAACAAAAUGAAAAAAAUAAGAGAGUAAUAAAAAAAUGCUUAACUAAUGAGGCACGUUUGAUCUUUAUAUAGCAGAAAUGUUUCUUCUGAAAUCCUGAUCCUAUAAAGUUCAACAUUUAACUUCAAUUUAAAUUGUUUAGAAAAAAAAGAUAUCUGCGUCACUUUGGCAGACUUUUAAUAAAAAAAUGAGAAAGAUGUUUUCGAAGAAAAACAUGCCUUAAUAGUGGGGAUGGUGUUUGAAGGCAGGAGUUUGCGGUAGUCUCUUUUUCAGUCAGCUCUUGGUCAUUUGAAAAUUUUAAACAAAACUUUUGCUGUGACAAUUUGAUUGUGUGUGCAUGCUUCUAUCAGAAAAUUUCUUUAUCUCUGUCAUUAUAUGUUCAUUUAAAAAUUGAAAGUGUAUCUUAUCUCAAAUAUAUUUACUCAUUGAUAUGAAUAACUCUUUUAAAGUUAUUGGCUCAAAUUUUGUACAUUUUAACUAAUUAAACAGUUGUUCUUAGACAAAGUCGGUUAAGAUAUGCGAGUAAAAAUUUUUUGGCAACAGGGUAUGACGUAACGAUACAUAAAGUGACCCUUAAAUUAUCAUCUAGGCUAUUUAGAUUUUAAAUUCAGCAUGCACACAUAAUCCAGUUUUGUUUUCUUAUCUACCAUAUUGCACGGAAAAAAAUUUCUCGUCCUCACUGUUAAAGUAUUUAAACUACAUAGAAACGAUUUGUGUAGAAGGUGAUUGAAGAAAACAAAGAAAACUUAAUUGAAGGAACAUUGACUUCUAUUUUAUGAUGAUGAAAGGGAAGAAAGAAAAACGAAACUAAAGUUUUUAGACUUUAACACUUUUUGCAAAAAGAUUACAUAAAUUGAAUCUAAAAGAAAAAUUUAAUUGAGAAGAAAAAUAAUAUAAACACUUCUAGGAUAGGAUAUGUUGAUGUGCAGAAAAAAAAAUUAAAUCAAAUUAAUAAAAAAAACUUCUUCUACUUAAUCUCACUGAACUCAAUUCUUACGUUCUUAUUUGUGUAAUGAAAUUAAGGAUGAAAAGAAUAGUUGCGCAAUUAUGUGAUUGUAACGAUGAAAGUAUCAGAAAAGCUAAGCUAUUGAUUGACCCUAAACUCCUUUAAACUUUUUAAUUAAUGAAGGUAAAUGAAGAUACACGAAAGUUAUUGAAGUUUUUUAGCGAUUGCACCUUUAUUUGGAGAAUUUUCUUUCUAAAUGUUAACGUUAAGCGUUUAAGAAUGAAACCAAUAACAGCAAUUUUUCACAUUUUAGUAUUUAUAUACAUUUUAAAGUGAUUGCAUUUAAAAUGAUGAAAUAACGAACACUGGAAAAGAUUAAAAAGAAACUUUUAAGUUUUUCUUUCCAUUAUAUUUUAGGAUCGGCACGACAUUUGCUAGUAAACUCAUUCAAUUUACGAUUGCACUGUGAAUGUAGAAUUCUGGUGAUCUUGAAUAAGUUUUCUUGCAAAUGUCAUCCAAUCCCAUUUUGAAUUAAACAAAUAAAAGUAACAUUUCAAUUGUGUAUAUUUCUUCCAGGUCCUUUAUCUAGCAACUCUUUUUUGAGAUUAAAAUAAAUGAAAAAUAAAUCAUUUCAUUAGGUUAAUUAAUUAAUAACUUAACAAGUCCAUAAAUAUGAUGGAAGCAAGAGAUAAAAAAGAAAAUACAAAGAAAACAAUCAAGCCAUAAUAAAGUUUAUUUAAAUAUUUACCAUGAAAAGAAUUCAAAGAAUGCAAAAAUUUAUUUUUAAUGAAAUUAAAUGAAAAUUUCACUGUUACACCCAUAUAAAAAAAAAUACAAACACACACCUGAAAGAGAAACGAAGAAUGGAAAUAUUCAAUUUCCACUCCUUUAUUCACCUUAAUUAAACAACCCUUGCCUAUGGCGCUAUUUCGUUCUCUUUCUUUAUUUUGAUUUCUCUGUCUUUGUCUUUAUCUUAUCCUCUAAUGUCUUGAGUAAUCAGCACAAACUGAUGAACAAAAAUCUUAUUUAAUUUGGCUACAGCUAAUCCGAAUAUCUAUUAAAGAAAAACCAAACCUUAUAAUAAAAAGUAUUACAAUAUUUAAAACAAAAGAAAAGGAAAAAGAAAUUUUGAUGAAAAUGGAGAACAAACAGAAAAAUCCUAAUGAUUGCAAUAGAAUGAAAGAAGGAAAUAUUAAAAUAACAUAAAAACGACUUUAAAAGAAAGAGAUAUUUGAGGAAAUUUCAUUGUUAAACCAUUUACGACUGUAAAUUUUUCGAAAACAAACUCACUUUCUCAAGGAGUGACGAGUUUUUCUUACAAAACAAGAAAAGAAAAAAUAAAUUAAUAAAAUCAGAGACAGAAAAGUCAUAUUUAACAUCAUGGAACAGUUAUUGUGGAAAACAAAAAAAAUAAAAGAAAAAUGUAUAUAAAAAACCAAA